AUGGAUGGACAGCUAUUGGCGUAUUUUGAUACGGAGUACGGAGUCUCAGCUUGGCUCUCUGGUCGAGCUUCGGCGCACUGGGAGCCAAAGCAUGCACCAUGCUACGUAGCAGAGCUGUUGACUGGGAUGCACCUCGAUGCUGAUUGUUCCGGGCCGGACUUUGAAUUCGGACUGACUGAAGAGGAUGGUGCCUGA